AUGAUUAUAGUUGCAUCUCGACCAUUGACCACAUCAGACAACUUGCUGUUUGAGCCACUGAAUGAGCUACUAGCCUAUGCAAAAAGAAAGCCAUCACAGUUACUCGUCCUGCUUGGACCGUUUGUGGAUUCUGAGCAUCCAGAGAUUAAGAAAGGAACUGUUGAUGCCACCUUUGAUGAGAUAUUCCAAGUUGAAGUCCUCACGAAGCCUCGUUUCGACAUUCACAUACCUGAUCUCGAACAUCAGUUGACCAGUCUGUCAAACCCGGGGACCUUCGAGGCAAACCAGGUGAAGGUAGGUUGCUGCACAGUGGAUGUACUAAAACACUUGAGUGGGGAGGAGAUGUCGAAAAAUCCAAGUGGAGUCCCCAUUGAUCGCAUGUCCAGACUCGCUAGCCAUCUCCUUCGUCAGCGAAGCUUCUAUCCUCUGUAUCCACCUCCCGAGAGCCUUCCUUAUGAUUCCUCGCUCGCUCCUAAAGCUCUACAGAUUUCAUCAAUCCCGGAUAUUCUCCUGCUUCCAUCAGACAUGAGAAAGUUGCCUAGGCUUGAAUACAGAGAAACUGACGUAAAAAGCAAGAGUGUUUGGUGGUUUCUGGACGAAUCAAUGCGACUUCACAAUUUGUCUUCAUUACAAAAGUUGUGUAUUAAACUCGGUCCACGGUGUCCCGUCGAUGUUGAUGUUGUAGAGUGGGUUGCAAAAGCAGUUGAUGGUUCCGUGCUCCAUAAGCUAAAGUUCAGGCUCCUCUGGGAAAGCGAGCCGGUCACAAUGCCAAAUAGCCUUUACACUUGCAAAACGCUCACCAAAUUGACUCUCUCCUACAAGAUUCUUGUGGAUGUUCCUUGUCUUGUCUAUCUCCCAUCACUUAACCGGCUUGAUCUUCAAUACGUUGUGUACAAAGACGAAGAUUCUCAUGUCAGGCUUUUAUCAGGUUGCCCGGUUCUCAAAUAUCUUGAUGUGCUUCGAGAUGAUGAUGACGAUGAUCAUGUGAUGAAGUUCACUGUGAAAGUGCCUUCUUUACUGGAAUUAACGUAUGCAACUGGUGUUUUAAGUCAAAGAGACGGUAAUGAUCGAUCUUUGGUUAUAGACACCCCGAGUUUAACGUAUUUAGACAUCUUUGACUAUUCGGGGCACUCUUGCUCGAUUGAGUACAUGCCUCGUCUUACGAGGGCAUGGAUGAAUGCUUCGAUUCACCCUGGUGAAAAAUUUCUGAAAUCUCUUUCUACGAUCAAGUAUCUUACGCUAACUCGACUUCAUACACUGGUUCCAUGGUGUAACGUCGUUUUCUCUCUACUUGAAGAGUGUAGCUUAUGUCCAUUUCGCGCGGGCUGGUGUGAAUCACUUGGGGUUUUACUCUCUAAUUGUCCUAAACUAAAAGUUUUGAUGGUCGACUCCACAUGUGAGGAUCAUGCUUCGGUACUAUGGAACCAACCGCGUUCUGUUUCCGAAUGCUUGUCGUCUCAUCUCGAGAUCUUUAGAUGGCAAGGGUAUGCGGGAAGAAAAUAUCAAAAAAAAGUCAUAAGAUACAUUCUUAAAAACUCCAAGUGUUUGAAGAAGGCGGAAAUUUCGCUGAAAUCAAUCGGGAAACUUGAAGAGGAACAGAAGAAGAAGAUGAUUGAGAAGUUACAAUCUAUGUAUAGGGUUUCAACAUCUAUUUUGCUGGCCGGUCCAAGGUUUUAG